GUUCGGCGCUCCAUCGGCUCGGCUCGACGCGAUUCACAGCGGCUCGGCUCGGAUCGGAUCGGAUCAAAGCGGAUCGGGUCGGACUAGAGCUCGGCACAGCUCGGCUCGGCACAGCCCGGCUCGGCACAGCCCGGCUCGGCACAGCCCGGCUCGGCACAGCCCGGUCGCGGCCGGGAUGGCGGUGCCGGAGCCGGACGCGCGGCUGGCGCAGGAGAAGGAGGAGGAGAGCGAGGAGGAGAGCGAGGUGCUGGAGGAGAGUCCGUGCGGCCGCUGGCAGAAGCGCCGCGAGCAGGUGAACCAGGGGAACAUGCCCGGCAUCCAGAGCACCUUCCUGGCCAUGGACACGGAGGAGGGCGUGGAGGUGGUGUGGAACGAGCUGCUCUUCACCGACAAGAAAGCUUUCAAGGCCCACGAGGAGAAGAUCAAGACCAUGUUUGAGCAGCUGGUGCUGGUGGAUCACCCCAACAUUGUGAAGCUGCACAAGUACUGGCUGGACGUGAAGGACAGCAAGGCUCGGGUGAUCUUCAUCACCGAGUACGUGUCCUCGGGCAGCCUCAAGCAGUUCCUGAAGAAAACCAAGAAGAACCACAAGGCCAUGAACGCCCGGGCCUGGAAGCGCUGGUGCACCCAGAUCCUCUCGGCUCUCAGUUUCCUGCACUCCUGUGAGCCCCCCAUCAUCCACGGCAACCUGACCAGCGACACCAUCUUCAUCCAGCACAACGGGCUCAUCAAGAUCGGCUCCGUUUGGCACCGGGUGUUCGCCAGCGCGCUCCCGGACGAUCUGCGCAGCCCCAUCAGGAUCGAGCGCGAGGAGCUGCGGAACCUGCACUUCUUCCCGCCGGAGUAUGGCCAGCGCGCUGAUGGCACGGCCGUGGACAUUUUCUCCUUCGGGAUGUGCGCGCUGGAGAUGGCCGUGCUGGAGAUCCAGACCAACGGGGACACGCGGGUGUCGGAGGAGGCGAUCGCCAGAGCGCGGCACUCGCUGGACGACCCCAACAUGAGGGAGUUCAUCCUGUCCUGCCUGACCCUGAACCCCGACAAGCGCCCCACGGCCAACAGCCUCCUGUUCCACCGCGUGCUCUUCGAGGUGCACUCGCUGAAGCUGCUGGCGGCACAUUGCUUCAUCAACCACCAGUAUCUGAUGCCGGAGAACGUGGUGGAAGAGAAGAUCAAGGAGCUGGACCUGAACAUGGUGAUGGCCGAGAUCCGCAGGGAGGGGCGGCCCGGGGCGCAGUGGAGGUACUCCGAGGUUUCCUUCCUGGAGCUCGACAAGUUCCUGGAGGAUGUCAGGAACGGGAUUUACCCCCUGAUGAACUUCGCCGUGUCCCGGCCCCUGGCCCUGCCCCGCGCGCUCUCCCAGCCCCAGGAGGAAUCCCAGAAAGCCAAAACUCCCACACCAGAGCCCUUCGACGUGGAGACCAGGAAGGUGGUGCAGAUGCAGUGCAACAUGGAGCUCAACGAGGACAAGAGCCAGUGGCACCUCACGCUCCUGCUCAUCCUGGAGGACAAACUGCACCGGCAGCUCAGCUACGACCUGCUGCCCACCGACAAUUCCCGGGAUUUGGCCACAGAGCUGGUGCACUAUGGAUUCAUCCACGAGGAUGACUGUGAGAAGCUGGCCACGUUCCUGGAGAGCGCCUUCCACAAGCACCGCUCCCAAGCCCUGUGAGCUCCCAGGGGACACAGGUGCUGCCCUGGGGGGGUCCCAAAGGGCUCCUGAGCCCCCAAAACGCAGCAGGACUCGCCUGGCCGGGCCCUGGGCCCACGGGCACUGCCCAAUCCGUGCUCUGGGAAGGCAGGAGCUGCUGCAGGACUCGGCAAACAGCAGGAGCUGCAUCCCAGGACGUUGGGAAUUGUGGGCCCUGCUCCCAAGGGGGUGUGGGGGACUGGGCAGCACCCCCACAGCCCCUCCCCCCGGGGUUUGGGGAGCUGCUGCAGGAGCCCCACGGGGUCUGUGUCCCUCUGGAGUGAUCAGCCUUUCCAAGCUGUUUGUUCCCUCGCUGCCAUCCGGACUGGUCCAGCUCCCCCCGUGCCACAGCCUGGAUUUCUACAGGUUUGGGGCCAGAGCCCUCACCACGAGCUGGGACUGUGUGAGCUGGACAUGAAGGGCUGGAGGAGGAGUCCCAGCAAUCCCGACCCAUCCCUGCUCCCACACACAGGGAUCAGCAGGAAUCUCAUUCUGUGUCACCCCCAGCUCCUCCUGCAGCCUUCCAAAACCUCAGCCCUUCAGCAGCAAGCCCUGGUGCCUCCCCCCAUCCCCCGUGGUGGCUGCAGUGCCAGUCCCUGGCUGGGGAUGGGAGGGUUGGCACUGUCACCUCCCCAGGGCUGCCCCGUGCCAGGGACACGCUGAGCUGGACAGAAAUGGAAGCAGGAAUUGGCAGGAGCUGUGUGGGGCUGCUCCUGCAAUGCCAGGAAAAACUGAGCUGAAAUCCUGCAGUGCCAGGGAGAACUGAGCUGAAAUCCUGCUCCUGCUGUGCCAUAGGAAACGGAUCUGACAUCCUGCU